UCAGUUGAUAGGGGGCGCUUGAUGUUUAUAUUUACCGCAGCUCCGCAUAAAGCAAACGAGGAAGUGAAUUAAAGCACAGAGCAUAGUGACGCAGCGAGCUACAUUGACAGGCAGACAUGGGUGUGCAAAUAAAAGUUGAAUACUGUGGUGGAUGAGGGUACGAGCCCCGCUAUCAGGAGCUCAAGCGGGUUGUCACUGCUGAGUUCACUGAUGCGGACGUGACGGGCUUCGUAGGCCGACAGGGGAGCUUUGAGAUUGAGAUCAAUGGACAACUGAUCUUCUCAAAGUUAGAAACCAGUGGAUUCCCCUAUGAGGAUGAUAUAAUGGCUGCUAUCCAAAGAGCCUGUGAUGGCCAGCCAUUGGAGAAGAUCACCAAGAGUCAGCCUCCUUGUGUCAUUCUGUAAUGUGUAUGCUUUUAACCCUUUCUGUUUGGCUCCCGUAACUAUAUUAGCACCUUAGGACAAGUUAGGGAAGGUCUAAAAUGUAAGACUUUGUAAGGUCCAGUACGGGAUCCCUAAACAAUCCCUCCUCUUCACUCCUCCUGCCUGGUUGUUGGACGUAAAUGAUUAUUGUAACUAUAAAGUCAGUAGUUAUAGUAUGAGGCCUGCAGUCCAUGCAGUCUUUAAGCAGUAGGAGAUAGAUGAGGGACUGUGAGGAUGGAGCCAAUGAAAGGGUUAUUUGAUUUUUUUAUAAAGCCACACUGCCUACUGCCGUUACUGUUUCUCUGCUUAUUGUUUAUUGCUUU